CAACUCCGGAUAUUACAUAAACAUUUAUCUCUUUUUCCUUUUCUUGCGACCAAUAUAUUUCUGAGAACAUAUAUACAUUGAUAUCAUCCCGUAACAACGAGAGAUAUUGAUAUAUUAUAUUGUGUUAUUGAUAAUUUGUCUGUGAAAAAUUGGAUAAAAAUAAAUUUACAUCGCAUACAUCAACUAGAGUCAAUGAUAAAACUUAUUAAGCAAACGAAUGUCUGAAUCGUACAUAUCAAACACAAACUCAAAUAUGAUAAACCGAUGAAAACUAAUGGCUCGAAAAGUAAGGAAAGUAAAUUACACGAACACGAUGCUGGCCAGUUUAACUAAUAAUAAUCUCAAACGAGGAGCAAAUGGGCUGCAACAAGGAACGAAAGUGCUACGACGUCGUUUCUUACAUUGAAUGCUCCGGAAUCGGGCGAGGCCAUUGCCGGUGGCAUGGGUCCCGGAGAAGGAGAAGAAUCCAUUCCGGGCAUCAUCGGUGGGGAAGCCAUAUCAGGGACUGUUUCUGGACUUGGGGCCAUUGGUGGGCUCAUUGGACUUGAAGAUGGAGUCAUUGGCAUUGGUGGUGGAGCCAUGGACAUAGGUGGUGGUGCCAUGGACAUAGGUGGAGGAGUCAUAGCCAUAGGCGGUGGAGCCAUGGGCAUUGGUGGUGGAGUCAUCAUUGGCAUAGGAGAGCCGCCGCUAGGCAUUGGGGGCAUGGACAUUGAGCCAGAAGGAGCCAUCAUUGGAGACUGAGCUAAAGAGAAAGGAAUAAAAACCAUAGACAAUAUGAGCAAGAGGAAAGCUUGUGAAGAGGCCAUGGUUAUGUGUGUGGUUUGUUCUGUGAAUAGUGGUUUAUGUUAUAUAGACAAAAGGAUAUGCAAUGUGAGUUGUAAAAGAGUGGGAGAGAAAAGUGAAGGUUCUUUGUGCUAUGGGGAUAUAUAUAUAUACUAGAGAUUAUUAGAUUUAAAUUUUUGGACCGUUGGAUAUAUAGUGUGACACGUACCAGUCGAUAGAUAGGUAUGAGAUGC